AUUAUGUAACACUAUUAACAAUGGCUGACGUCGUGAAUGGUAUAUCCGUCAUCCUGGCGACGUAUAAUGAGCGAGACAACAUAGCAUACAUUACAUAUAUGAUCAUUGACGCUCUAAGGACCCAACCUGUGGAAUACGAGAUUCUUUUGGUGGAUGACAACAGUCCUGAUGGCACUGUAGAGGUCUACAGGCAUAUGCAGCAGCUAUAUCCAACGGUCCAGUUAAAACUCCUGCAACGUCCUGGUAAGAUGGGCUUGGGUUCCGCUUAUAUGGAUGGUCUUGCUCAUACUAAGCACGACUUUAUCCUUAUCCUUGACGCUGACCUAUCGCAUCACCCUAAAUACAUUCCCGAGAUGAUUAGACUCCAGCGUACGGGGAACUAUGACAUUGUUACUGGUACUCGUUAUGCCACUGGUGGUGGUGCCAGUGGUUGGAGUUUGUAUCGCAUAUUAAUAAGUAAGACUGCGAACACUCUUACUCAUAUGUUGUUGCGUCCCACCAUGACUGACAUGACUGGUUCAUUUCGUUUAUAUCGCAGAUCACUUUUCGAGAAGGUAUUGAAAGAAGUGGAGUCUAAAGGUUACAUGUUCCAAAUUGAAAUAGCUGCACGUUCCGAGAAGCAUUACAAGGCCCGUAUAGCUGAAGUCCCAAUUAUAUUCCUAGAGCGUAUUUAUGGCGAAUCCAAACUAGGUUUCGGGGAGGUCCUUGGUUUUCUAAAGGGACUGCUAAGAUUAGCAUGGAGUUUAUAGUUAUGCCCUGGGGGUGGACAU